AAAAUACAACACCUUACGCGUCAUAAACGGAGAUAACACGCACGCACAAACCUACCACCCACGCAAGGCGCGCGAGCGCGCGCGCGCACACACACAUAUACACACACACACAUAUACACACACACGCGCGCGCGCGCAUACAUCCUCGGUGUGCGUGUCUGUGCUCAAUAGCCUUCGGGCGAAGCGGUUUAAGGCCCCAAUUCGUUAUUCAGACACCGCAACAUCUUCCAGCGGCUCCGAGAGCAUUGUGAUGGGAAUAUUCAUGACGAUGCGCGAGGCAAUGCGCUAAUUCUUACCGUCUUCAUCAGUCUGAAAGGAAGUUAAAUGAAGAACAAGAUGGCAGAGGUUCCUGAUAAACAAGACAUGCUAACAGAACAAGAGAUUGAUGGCUCACUUAUUCCUAACCCUCUGCCAGCACCUCCAUGGAGGAGAAUGUGGAGAGCGAGCAUUACAGCUGUAGCAUAUCUUCUUCUAUAUACUCUCUCUCAAGUUACAGGUUUGUGGGUUCUCUACAUGCUGAAUGGAUACAGAGCUUUCCCAGCAGCAUAUAAAGUGUUGGGCCUCCUACAGUACAUUCUGUCAAAUUCAGAGUCUUCUGAUCAACAGAUGGAGAUUUGGAGAGUGGAGUGUGUAUGUCCACUUUUAGCAACAUUGUUCCUUGGAGUGGUUAUCCUGGGCACUGGAGCCUUGUUCUGCAUUAAAACUUUGGUGCCUGGUAACUCCACUGGCUUCCAGGAUGACCGUCGUCAAUCCAUGAGCCGACAGCCAUCCUUUACUUACUCAGAGUGGACGGAUGCCAAGCAGGAGGAUUUUUAUGAGCUAGAUGCAGUUCCUGAGACACCUGUGUUUGAUUGCUUCAUGGAUAUGAAGGCUGAUUGUGACCCAUCUACUCUCAAGGUCAAACCAGUGGGCCUGCAGGAAAGGAGAGGUUCAAAUGUUUCUCUGACUUUGGACAUGUGCACACAUGGCACUACAGAGCCAUAUGGGAUGCUGCUGUCUCCUCGAGACCAGAGUACACAAGAGUACCUGGAAAAUGCAUCUAACCCCCUCACACCAGAACAGCUACAUAGACAUGCUCUGGAUGAUGCAGCUCUACAAACUGAGUUCUAUGAGGUACCAAUGAACUUUGUGGACCCAAAGGAAUAUAAUAUUCCAGGCUUAGUGAGGAAGAACCGCUACAAAACCAUCCUGCCAAACACACACAGUAGGGUUUGUCUUCAAGGAACAAAGGAGGAUGACUUUCUCAGCACAUACAUCAAUGCUAACUACUUGAAGGGCUAUGGUGGGCAAGAGAAGGUAUACAUUGCCACCCAGGGUCCAACUGUAAACACAGUGGGAGAUUUCUGGAGGAUGAUUUGGCAGGAACACUGCCCAAUCAUUGUCAUGAUCACCAACAUUGAGGAGAAAAAUGAGAAAUGCACAGAGUACUGGCCAGAAAACAGUGUGACCUGUGAAGGCAUCGAGAUCACUGUCAAACAGUUCAUCCAGGCUGAUGAUUACAGUCUGAGGAUUUUCACUGUGAAGUAUGAAGAUGAGGAGCGCAGUCUCAGGCACUACUGGUACACAUCAUGGCCAGAUCAGAAAACUCCAGAUAAAGCCCCACCUCUUUUACAAUUGGUCCAAGAAGUGGAGGAAGCACGAAAACAGGCUCCACCCAUUAGUGGCCCUGUCAUUGUUCACUGCAGUGCAGGAAUUGGCCGGACUGGCUGCUUUAUUGCCACUGCUAUCCUGUGUGAGCAGCUUAGACAUGAAGGAGUGGUGGACAUCUUGAGAACGACCAGCCAGCUACGCUUGGACAGGGGUGGCAUGAUUCAAACAGCUGAGCAGUAUCAAUUUGUGCAUCAUGUUCUCAGUCUUUAUGAAAGACAGCUGACUUGGAAACCAGAGGAAUAGCAUUUGCCACAGCACACCCAAAUCAGUCUAUCAACACUUUACAUCUGCCUGCACAAGACCUCAACAAGUCAAGCAUCUGUUGUGCUCCUGCUAGGCUGUAUAACAGUAUGAUCAUGUUGUUAACUGUUGGUUUAAACCUGCAAAACUUUAACUCAGGGCUUCAACUCACCAAUAUACUUCUGUGCCAUCAGAAUCAGUACUACUUCACAAGGCAUCAAGGGGGACCAGGGAAUGAUCUCAAUGGUUAAACUAACAGUAAACUAGGCCUAAGCCUAAAUGCUGCUCCCAAUCCAUACCAAUACUGACCCUGGCUUGAUGCCUAAAGAUAUUUAAUAAAUGUGCACUCACUAAUCAUUUUAAUAGAAACACUUGUAUUUAUGUAGUUAAUUAAUAAGCCAAUUAUGUAGCAGCAGCAAAUACCAUGCAGAUACAGAUCAAGAGCACCAAUUAUUGUUUACAUCAAACAUCAGAAAGGGGAAAUGUAACCGUGGCAGUCUUGAUGCCAUAUGGACUCGUUUGAGUACUUUAGAAAUUGCUGAUCUUGUAAGAUUGUGUUUGCACACAACAGGAUCUUAAGUUGACACAGAAUUGUAUAAUAACAAAAACAAAAACAUUUUGGUUUGAGCAACAAUUCUGUGGGUGGAAAUUAGUUGUUGUUGAGUAAGGUCAGAGAAAAAUGUCCAGAGCUUCCACAAAAGAAAUAGCAAUUAUUCUAACCACACUUCACAAUAGUACUGAACAGACAAGCAUCUCAGCAUUCAUCAGACCUCAAACCUUGGAUGUGGAUGGGCUGCAACAGCAGAAGGACACAUUGGGUUUUUAGUCAGUCAAGAACAAGAACCAGAGCCUAAAGCUAGAGUCUACACAAAAAAAUGUUUGAGGGAUCGUAGGAGGGUGACCAGACUGGUUUUGUGAAAUCCCUAAGCCUAACCCUGACAGAAAAGCUAUAGUCACUCAAAUAAGCACACUCUACAACAUUGGUGAACAUCACAAAUGCACACCAAUCUCUGGAAGGGUUCACUCCAGAUUUUACUCUUUUUGAUGGGCUGCUGCUUUAUGAUUGGCUGAUUGAUAGCUGCAUGGAUGUGCAGUGGACAGGUGUCCCUAAUAAAAUGGAAAGCGAGUGUUUUUUUGUUUUAUUUUUUGUUUGUUUUUGAGAAAGUAUGAAUCUAUAAUGAGUUAAUGAUACCUGAAAACUUUUUUUGGUAGUCUCCCCCAAACUACUAUGAAGUGCCUUCAAACAGGAUAAAGCUCCAAAUACGUUUAAGUGGUCAUUUUUUAUUUUAAUGAAAUAAGGAAUUGACAUGUAAUUCCAUAUAUGUCCAGUGUCAUAGUUAAUUAACCUUAAAAAAUAACUAGAAUUACUGAAUCUCUAAAAGUAUAUAUUUAAAAUGUAAACUAUAAAAUGUGUCUGUUUAAAAAAAAGUAUGUUUAAAUCAUUCAGAAAAAAAUUCAAUAGUAUAUAUACAUGAUGUCCACCUCAAAUAUUACAGUUAGAUCAGAUUUCUAUUGUACACACAGGCCAUUAGUCCCAUUAUAUAGGUGUGGAGGGAUAUUCAAGCCUGUAGAGUUAAAAGUAGGCCGAUCUGGAACAUAUAAAAUCUUUUGGCCCUCUUUAAAAAAUUGUUCAUCUUGUAUAUAUGUUUGCUAUUUUCUUGUUUAUUCUGAGCGAAUUGUCAUCCUUCUUUUCAUAAAGUGAGAUUCAUGCUUUAAAGUAUGACUAUUCCUAGAAAUAUGGUAUUUCUAGAAAUGUUUGAAUGUAAUGUUGUCUUGUCACAUAUUAGUCACUCUAUUUCCUAAUUGAAAAAUCAUGGAUGACCAGAUUUAUUUAACUGUUUAUUUAUUUAUAGUAUAAAUAUUCUUUCAGUCUCUAUUAUGCCACUGGUUUAGGUAGAUGUGAGGUUGAGAGUGUCAAGCCAUUUAAGGUCAGCUUCUGGUUUGGGAGGAAUUUUAAUGUGGAAAGAGUGCAAAUUCAUUUCAGUAUUGUGUAUUUUUAAGUGUAUGCAAAAACCAAUGUCAGUGGUAUAUAUCAAAAGCUGAACACAUGCCUGGUCACACCCUAUACUUGAUAGGGUUUUGAUGACAAAAAGAAAAGAAUUGCAAUCUCAAGGAUUUGAAAAUUGUUUUAAGUCUUCAAAUCAUUGUGAAUGUGCAGAACAAACAACUCAUGUAUGAUUUUGGUUCAUGAGAAAAGACUACAAAGUACUACACCUUGAUUUAAAAGAUUAGUUCAAGCUUUCUGGUUUUUUUUUUUUGGUUGGUAAUAUUAGAUUAAUUGAAUACAUUAUUGUUACAUUUUGCAAUCUAUAUCUCAAUAAUGAAAUGUACAUUGUAAAUGGACAGCUUCUUAUGUGACACUUAUAUUCUGCAUUAUUGAUUGGCUUGUGCACAGUAAGCCUCAAUUUGGCAUAAAAGUUACCCAAAGUUGUAAGAUGAAAUUUAAGUCUGUACAUAGUAUUAGGCAAGAAUUAUUGUUGAAAAGGAAGAAAAUUGUAAAUGCCAGAGAACUAUGUGCGCUAUGCAUAAAUAGUUCGGUGGUUCUUUGCAGCAUUUCCUCAUAUUUAAAACAUAAAAUAAGGCAAUCUGUUUUUAUGUAAUUGUCUGCCAGCUCAUGGUAUAAUGCAGAAUCGUUCAUAAAGAAAAAUGUGCUGUUGCAAAGAUCAGGUUGAGAACUAAAUUCAGACUUGGCAAAAGCCUGUGUGCAAAAUUAUUACAACGUAAAUUACAAAUUGCUAAAUAAUUAUAGAACAAACAUGCAAACAGUGGUGAGCAAAAUCAUCUAAUUCACACCAAUUACAUAUGAAUGAAGCUAAACCCUUUAAACAGUGCAACACGUUAGUAUUAUUCAGAGCAUAGCCACAGAUGUAUAAUUAUAGAAACAGGAAGCAGGACAAUUUAGUGUCAUGUUUAUUCAAAAUAUGAAGCUUAUGAGACAUAAGUGUGUGUACACACUGAUCAGCUACAACAUUAAUCCCACUGCCAUCUGAAGAUAAUACCAGUGUUUAUUUUGUUACAGUGGCUCCUGGGAUUUAUUAGACAGUAAAAGAGCAGUUAAUUGUGAACAUUGUUGUCUUCAAUGCAAGAAACUAGCAAGUGUGACGUUAAUAUUGGUCAGAUAACAGUGUCUAGAUGACUGGUUUAGAACUUCCCCAACACAGCAGGUGUUGUUUUCGGUAUGCAGUGGUUUGGUCAAAUCCCACUGAAGAUCCUGUAGCACAAACUGCUGAAAAACAUUGAUGCUGCUUCUAAUAAUAGUCUGAAUAAUAUGUAUUUGGUUUUUAAAUUUCCAAGGCAUGAGAAGACAAAACAGAUGGAGUACAAAAGAAACUUUAAGGUUGCAAGAAUUAUAGUAAGACUAGAUACAUUUAAGUAUUUGUUCAACAGUUCAAAGUUCAAUUAAGGUUCCUUUAAAGGAAACUUAAAGGAGAAAAGGUACCUUUAGAAAAACAAAUGUUAAAGAGACAUAGAAGAAUAUUAUUCCAGAAUUAGGUUAAGAAUGUCAAUAAACAGUUGUGAGGCUGCAUGCAAUUUGUAUUAAUAUUUUUUUUAAUAGUCUAUUGGACAUUUGCAUAUAAUUUUUCAAAAAUGCAUCUGUGAAAAAACACCUAUUUAGCAGAACCAGACUUCUGAACAUUUUAGAACAAAUAGAAGAUUUUACACCCCCCUGACGCAUGUCAUUUCUUAUGUGGAAGAGGAAAUAUCAAAUCAUGAGAACUAUAUGUUCCCCCACCUUCUUUUUGAUGGUAUUUUUGAUUGCAUUUUGUUUGUUUUUUGCAUGAAAAGUCUGAUUUGUUCUCUUAAAGAGUUACAAUGUCGGUCUAACCCUUAUUCUUUAUCUAAAGUACUUUCAAAAGUGUUAAACCCUUUUUAAAAAUUACGGUGACUAUUAUAUUAUUAAAUUAUAUUUGUGUGUUAUCAAAAAAAGCCACAUAUUCUAUAACAGACAACUUGAAACAGUGUAAUGAUGGUGGUUAGGGAUUAUCUGUAAAAACACAGGUAUAAGUGACAGAAGGACUCUGUUAGUAUUUUCAAGACAUUUAGAAAAACCUGCCAAUUUCCUUAAAACUGUUUAAACUGUACAUUAUAAUACUGAUGUGAUUUUUUUAAAGAGUUGGUGUGCCAAAAUAUUAGCUUUUUUUUUUGUUGUUGUUGUUGUUAUUACAAAAACAUCUUUGCUUUACUGCUUUAUACGUGACUAUGAAUUUUACAUAGUGUAUAUGUAUUUGAAAACUUUCUACAGUAGGAAAUUUGUAGGAGACAUUAUUCAAACAGACUCGAAAUUACUUUUCAAACAUUCCCUUGAAGCUUCAAAUAUUUAGCCUUUAUUGAAACUAUCUGAAUGUAUGCUUGCAGUUAUUUGUUAAUUUACAUCAUUCAUGAUGUUUUCUUGAUAGAAUUCAUGCAGCAACUAACCUUUCUAAUGAUAGAAUAAUGUGUGGAGAGUAGAGGUCUUGUCCAUCCUGCUGUCCAUCUGGCUAUUAUGUAAAUAAAAAUAAAAUCAAUAAUUUAUGAGUGUGUUCUACAACCAAACGUUGUAGAUGUAGGUACAGAAUGUACAUGUGAUUAUAGAUAAACAUAUUUAUAUCAAAUAAAUAUAAAUAACAAAAUAAAUCUAAAUAUAUUUGACAUCCAAAAAGGUGAAUAACAUUAUAAUUCAUUUAUUAAAAAUUAGUCUGCAGAGAGAUUCUAAUUAUCAGCUCAGCUACAAAUGAUAAACUCCAGCUCUAAAAUGAAGCCUUUCAUUGAAUGUUACCUUUUUUUAAAUGUUAUUUCUAAAUGAUUUUUACCAUCUAUUUGUCAGUUAUACAGUGGCACUACAGAUAUGUUCUGCUUGUUAUUGUUGUAUUUUUCCACACUUUGCUUUCAUUUUUAAAACGUUGUUUUUAGUGAAAUGUCUUGAUAUUUCCUGUAAUAAAAUGAAGGGUGCUAUAUAAAUAA